AUGGAGUCCCUGACGGCGGUGGUGUCCCACACCUUGGCCGCGGAGCUCGCGGAGAUCUGCACCUCCGCACGGCAGCGGGCGGCGGAGAGUCGGCGCCGGAACGCGGCGUGGCUGGAGGAGCUGCCAGAGGCCACGGUUCCUCGCAAGCGCCAGAAGCGAGAGGAGGACAUCGGGGAGCACCAAGCGUGGUAA